AUGGCUGACCAAGUACAGCUGUUUGGCGUUUGGGGAAGCUUCUUUGGCCGCAGAGUCGAAGUGGCCCUAAGGCUGAAAGGAGUUCAGUUUGAAUACGUAGAAGAGGACUUGUACAAUAAGAGUCCUUCGCUUCUCAAGUAUAAUCCAGUUCACAAAAAAAUUCCUGUGAUGCUACACAACGGAAACCCACUUGCAGAGUCGCUUGUGAUCUUAGAGUACAUUGAUGAGACCUGGAAACACAACCCCAUCUUCCCUAAAGACCCUUACGAAAGGGCUAGGGCAAGGUUCUGGGCUAAGUUCAUAGACGAGAAGCUGUGGCCGGUGGUGAGAAAGGCUCUGGGGAGUAAGGAAGAGAAGGAGCAAAGGGAAGCCAUUGGAGAAACUCAUGAGCACCUGGAAACCCUAGAGAGUGAGCUGAAAGAGAAGAAGUUCUUUGGAGGGGAGAGUUGGGGAUAUUUGGACAUAGCUGCAAUGGUUAUAAUUUGGCUUGGAAUCGCCCAAGAAGCUCUGGGAGUGGAGUUCAUACCAAAAGAGAAGUUUCCCAGGUUGCAUAAAUGGCAGCAAAGGCUUGUUGAGGAUGCUGUCUUCAAGGAAUGUGUGCCACCAAGGGAGAAGCUUGGUGCCUUCUUCAAAGCCCGGUUUGGAUCCUCCGCUGCCUCCAAAUGAAGGGUUGGUUUAUGUUUGUCAAAUAAGUGAAUGGGUCGAUGAUAUGAUCCUGAGAGGAUAACCUUAAUUUCUUCUCAUAUAUGUACUUUAUAUUUACUUUUCCUGGUGUAUUUUGAAGCUUUAUUCUGGACUUUGUGCUGUUUCUUGGAAUAAGAAGUUGAAAUAAAAUUGAAGAAGUAUUACUCCUACUAGGAUUUGAUCAA